CUUUGAAACGCCAUUCGCGUCUGUUGGGUGUAUUGUUCGAGCGUGAAUAAGCAAAUCUAACACAGCAGUUUAUGGACAUGAUUUGGUCAGUUUGCGGAUAGGUGUCGCGUGUUUUGUUGAUAUAUAUUUGAACGUCACAAUGCGAACAGUGGUUUUACAGUUGAUGUAAUUGAUAUUUUAUACCGUGUCAAAGAAAAGUUGGUAGCCAUUUUGAAUGGCUAACGAUGUCAUGGCUGGAGCGAGGAUGUAUGGGCAAUGCAGUGCAGUAGAAAGGAAAGCCAAACAACGGGAAACUGAUGUUCAUGCAGUGGUGGAUGUAUGACAUUCUUGUUCAAGGCUGGUCAGAGACUCACUAUGGCAACCUCAGUACACAGUGGAGAACAGGAUCAUUGUUCGGUGGAUUACAGGACACAGAAAUUGCUACAGUUUGUGUUUUCUAUGAAUCAGGAAAGAUCCUUCUGUUGGAGUGAUGUCAUCAAGUCCUCAUGUAUCUUAUAGCCAAAGUGUCCUUCCCUUGUUUAUGGGUAAAAGCAGAAACACCACGUUUGUUCUGGACACCUCUAAUGGAAUGAAUGCCUUUAUGGGGCCAAUGAAGAAUCUUAUCAUCCAAACCCUCACUGCUAAAGCUUCACUUAGAGACUCGCUUUUCAACAUUAUCAGCGUUUCAUACAAGGCAACUGCAUGGUCUUCUCACAUGUUACUCUGCACCCCUGAUAUUGUUUAUCAAGCCUUGAACUGGAUUCACACAUUACAGACAAGUCCUGGCAGAGACCUCUACACUGCACUGGCCUUAGCCUUCUCUGACCCUGCCUGUCAGUCUGUCCAUUUAGUGACCAGUGGUCUCCCAGACAACCCCACACAAUGCCUGGCUUCAUUAUCAACCCUGGUGACUCGCCCUGUGCAUACCUUUCACAUAUCUGACAGUCCCAUGAAAAGUGACAUCUCAGACUUCUUGCAAUGCGUCUCUUCCACCACUAGAGGGAGCUGUUUCAACAUGUCUGUGAACUCAGGGAACGUUGUAGAGAUCAGUUUGUUACAUUCAACGGAUCACCAGAUUCAAACGCCAUCAUAUCUAGAAGACAGAUGGCCUUCAGGGGUGGAUUUCAAUCAUGGCUCAUACUACAACUCCACCAGUUGUGUAUGUUCUGCACCAUACUGGUGUUCCCCAACAAAUCAUUUUAGUACAGUAUCAUGUGUAUCUACAAGGGUAAUCAGAGGUGCCGAGUUUUAUCCUGGCUGUCGUGUUUUAGCCAGAAGUGAGAGAGAUGGGUUUUACUAUUUGGGGACCAUUAUACAUCAGGGCAGAGGAAAUGUUUAUAUGGUGGAGUUUGAUAAGGUCAUGGGACCUAUAGAAAAUGCCUUUAUGGAAACAAUAAAUGCAGUUCAGCCAACUUACCAGCCUGAUAUGGUGAGUCUAAGCAUUGCACAUGGACACAGUAUAGCUCCAGGUGACACUGUUCUUGUUCCAUGGGAGCCAGACCUGAGACGAUAUGGACCUGGAAGAGUCAUCUCUGGUAUGGAGCUAAGAGACUCGAUAAAAGGUGAUUAUGUAAGCAUUGGACCUCAGGUUCGCUUUUGGAACGGGAUUACAAUGCACGUCCCCAAAGAUCUUGCAGUAUGGAUUCCAGCCUCCCACCAUGAGCAAGUGAUUAAGGACCUCCAGUAUUAUUCAGCCAGGCCGUGUUGUUGUAGGGUUUCCCAUUGUAGCAGUUGUUUUCAAUUUCCAAGUCACCGAUGCACCCAUCAUAGUCUGUCUUACAUCCCACCGUGCCAAUGUCCAGUUAAAACAUGCUGGCCAAUGGUAAUGUCACCUCCACUACUGAACAACCAAGGGAGAGAAGACUUGGAGAGAAAAAUCGAUCUCCAAUUGAAAGAACUACAGAGCCUACAGGUGUCUUCAUCGUCAGACUCAGUUGACAAUGAGGAUAUUGCAGAUGAAAGACAAAUGCCCUCCAGGUCAGAAAUGGUGAGCACCUCAAUAAACACUGACAUUUCCUGCCUGAAAAAGCCUUGCACUCAGCUAGAGAUCAAGCCAGCCUGGAGAUACUGGAAAAGGGGAUCUCCAGAACCACAGCACAAGCAACCAGGAAGAACAGUUAGAUCUUCUCAUGUUAGCUGUUCCAGGCCUAGACACAUUUGGCAUUCUGGAAACUCUACAGAUGACCACUCCACGAUGACCAAUCACAGCUCUUUAUUUAAGCUGGUACCCAUUUCACCAAAACGAGGAGCCUCUGUCAGGGAACUAUUUCAAUCCACUGAUCCAAAAUCAUUUAUUAAAGCUUCUUCUCCAAUCGUUCUGGCAAUGACCAAAAGGCCAACAAAAGUGAUGCUAUAGUU